AUGCAGUCUUUUCUCGCCUAUACGUCCUCCAAAAACAUCGGAUUUCAACCACGCGCGACAACUAGAUAUGAUAGGUGCAUUCCACCACCUACAGCAACAAUCUCAUGUCGAACCUUCACAAAUUCGCCUACUACCGCUCUGUCCUUCUCGCUCGAAUCCGAUCCGCCGCCGAAGUUGCUAGGCCCAGCAAGCAAUAAGCUCAAGCUUCAUCCGUCGUCGAAGAAUUCAACUGUUGCCCACUGCGGCAUUUCAUCGAACAGUUCGGGAGCACACGAGGGAAGCAGUAUCAGAGGAUGGGUUGAGGCUGCUUCCGAAGCGAUUUCCACCGCAUUUCCGAUAUGGGUAUCGCUGGGUUGCUUGAUGGGACUUCUAAAGCCAGCUUCUUUCGGUUGGGUCACGCCCAAAUGGACCAUCUUUGGGCUUACCCUCACUAUGCUUGGUAUGGGUAUGACGCUUACCCUAGAUGAUCUCAGCAAUGCACUGGCCAUGCCAAAACAGUUGUUUGCUGGGUUCCUGCUCCAGUAUUCGGUGAUGCCAAUAUCAGCAUUUCUUGUGAGCAAGAUCUUAAAUCUGCCAUCGCAUUAUGCUGCUGGACUAAUAUUGGUUGGUUGCUGUCCUGGUGGGACAGCAAGUAAUAUUGUUACGUACAUGGCACGCGGGAAUGUGGCACUUUCAGUAUUGAUGACAGCGGCAAGCACUUUGACAGCUGUGGUAAUGACACCUUUUUUAACAGCAAAACUAGCUGGGCAAUAUGUUGCAGUGGACGCAGCAGGAUUGCUAACAUCAACCAUGCAGGUUGUCCUUCUUCCUGUGCUGGCUGGUGCCUUUCUAAAUCAAUAUUUCCAAAGCCUGGUGAAGUUUGUCUCCCCUUUGAUGCCACCUAUUGCUGUGGGAACUGUUGCCCUUCUAUGUGGAAAUGCAAUUGCCCAGAGCUCUUCUGCAAUAAUGAUGUCAGGCAAACAAGUGGUGCUAGCAUCAUCUCUUCUUCACGCAUCUGGUUUUUUCUUUGGUUUUGUACUAUCAAGGAUCCUUGGAAUCGACACGGCAUCAUCAAGAACCAUUUCAAUUGAAGUUGGCAUGCAGAACUCAGUGCUUGGAGUGGUUCUUGCAACUCAGCAUUUUGGCAAUCCACUCACUGCAGUACCAUGUGCAGUCUCCAGUGUGUGCCAUUCCAUCCUUGGCAGUGUCCUUGCAGGAUUCUGGAGACGAGAUGUGCCAUCACAGGACCAAGAUUGA